UCAGCCAGUUCCCCUCUGAACGUUGUAAAGUGCAGAGGCAGGGCUCGUCUGACCGAAGGCAGCCAUCAUGCCAUACCAGUAGAGAGAAAAAGAGAAAGAAAAAAGGUGUCCUGAGUGCUCCAUUUCGAUCUUUCGCCCCUUUGUGUCUGUUGGUGCUAAAAACGCUAAAGGAUUUAACAUAUGUUAUUGUAGAUACGGUAAAUAUAUAAUAUUUUCUAGAGCGCUUGUUGGUCUAAAUAUACUGUUCGGCUGAGGCGAAAACAAGAGGUCUUUCUUAUCUUGUGGUACAAGAUGAUGACAGAGCAUUAGUUGCUCGUUUGUGCCAGCGACAGACACCCCUCGAACCAGUAGAGUAGCCUAUCUGUUCGUCACCUGCUGACAAAUGACCAAUAAUUCCUACGUAAAGAUGACUCGUUACAAGCAACAAACUGACGUAGACGAUGAUACAAGCUCCGUUGGAUCCGCACGGACAGAGGAGCUGCCAACCGGCACUACUACCGUCCACUAUCAUAUGGGUUCCCACUGGUGGCGAUCGAGGACCGGCCUGGAGAAAGCGCUGCUGGUGGGCUGGCUCUUCCUCCUGCUGGUGGUCACAGUAUUGGUCGCCGUUCUCCACUUCCAGUCGAGGUCGCAGCCGACGCUCCACAUGCUCCUGCCCCACACGCUGAAUCCAGGCCCACCCGGGUCAUCACCAUCGUCAGACGCCCCUUGCCUGACGCCGCAGUGCGUCAUGUUAUCGGGGUCGGUGCUGAGCAGCAUGGACCCGGAAGUAGACCCCUGCGACAACUUUUACAUGUACUCCUGCGGCGGGUGGAUCGCCAAGAACCCCAUCCCGGAGGGCAAGCCCAACUGGGGCACGCUCUCAAAGCUAGCGUCAGAUAUACAGCUGAUAGUUAAGCGAUCUCUCGAAUCCGACGAGAAAGUCCCCAGUAAUACCGAAGAGAAAGCUCGUAUAUUCUACAGGUCUUGUCUUGACACCAAUAAGACCAUAGAAAAACUUGGGGGCAAACCAGUCCUGAACCUCUUAAGGCAAAUGGGUGGGUGGUCAAUAGACGGGAAUUGGACCACAAAAGGUUACGUCGUCCAGAACGACAUUGUCAUGAGUAAAGUCAACCACAGCUCUGGCGCACUUUUCGCCUGGGGAGUAGCAGAAGACGAUAAGCAUUCGUCUAGUCACAUUUUACAGUUUGACCAAGGUGGUCUAACAUUACCGGCUAGGAAUUACUACCUAAACGAGAGCGAGAAAGAAGUCUUGAAUGCUUAUACGGACUAUAUUGCAAAAGUUGCAAUGCUUCUAGGAGGCGAGGAGAACGUCUCGAGAAACGCAGCCAAGGGCAUAGUCGAGAUAGAAACUGAAAUUGCUGUUAUCACCACACCUGACGAACAGAGGCGAGAUGAUGACAAACUCUAUCACCUCAUGAAACUCGAUGACCUAAAUACAGCGGCCCCUUUCAUGGACUGGGUAGACUUUGUCAACGCUGCCCUUAAAAACAUCAACAAAAAGGUAGCUAAAGAUAGGCCUGUAGUGGUAUAUGCCCCCAAAUUCCUAAGUAACCUGACCGACAUUAUAGUAAAUAUCACUUCUACAGAUGAAGGGAAGACGAAAUUCCACGACUACCUGGUUUGGCAAGUUAUAAAGAGCUACAUAGGAUUCCUCUCACGGGACUUCCGAGAGGCUGCCAAAGGCCUGGAGAAGGCACAAAUGGGUGUGGAAGGAACGGAGGAGUUGUGGAGAGAGUGCGUUGGAGCAACAGAUGUUGCCCUAGGACCAGCAGUGGGGGCAAUGUAUGUCCGACAGGCUUUUCAUGGAGACUCCAAAGAGAUGGCUGAAGAGAUGAUCAGGAGGGUUCGCAAGACCUUCAAAGACAGCCUUCAUUCUUUAGAUUGGAUGGACAACAAGACUCGCAAAGCUGCUUUGGAAAAAGCAACAUCCAUUACAGAGAUGAUUGGAUUCCCCGAUUACAUCCUUGACCCAGCGCAGCUAGACAGAAAGUUCAAAGACUUGCAAAUUGUUGAAAAUGAGUUCUUUGAUAAUAAUGUUCGUGUGAACAUGUUCAACAUCAGGGAGAACCACAAACGUCUGUUCAAACCUGUCAACAAGACUCGCUGGGACAUGUCCCCACCAACUGUUAAUGCUUAUUAUACACCAACAAGAAAUGAAAUUGUUUUCCCAGCCGGGAUACUCCAGGCACCAUUUUUCCACCAAAACAAUUCAAAAUCAUUAAACUAUGGAGCAGUUGGUGUGGUUAUGGGACACGAAUUGGCCCAUGCUUUUGACGACCAAGGUCGUAAGUAUGACAAAGAUGGUAACUUGAACCCUUGGUGGGAAAAGGAAACAGCUGAGAAGUUUACCAAUCUCACCAAGUGUAUGGUUGAUCAGUACUCCCACUUUAAGUUAGAUGGUGAAACUAUAAAUGGGAAACUCACUUUAGGAGAAAACAUAGCAGAUAACGGAGGGCUAAAAGCAAGUUUCCGAGCCUAUGAGGAGUGGGUCAAGGACAAUGGUGAAGAAACACCAUUACCUGGGUUGAACCUGAACCACAAGCAAUUAUUUUUCUUAGGAUUUGCACAGGUAUGGUGCUCAUCAAUUACCAAAGAAGCUGCUCACCUGGAGAUCAUGAAGGAUUCUCAUGUUCCAGGGAAAUUCCGCGUCAUGGGCACUUUGUCCAAUUCUUAUGACUUUGCCAAGGCAUUUAACUGCUCAAUAGGAAAGAAAAUGAAUCCACAAACAAAGUGCCAGAUUUGGUGAGCAUCGUUUUAACUGAAUUACUUCAGGCCAAAAGAAGUUUUAUUAUAUUAACUUUCUGUCUCAUUGUAUUGUAUAUACUCAUGAGAGUUUUUCAUUUCCAGACCAAUGCCUUUAUGUAACCAUCCACAUAUGAAUAGCCUGAGAGAUUCUUAAUCUUGUUGAUGCAUUGUGGGGUCAUUUGGAGCUGAGUUGGAUACCAAAACUUGAGCAUGUUGUAAAGAGUAAACAUAAUUUCUGCUUUUUGGUUUAGCACCAGUACUUAUGAAUUCUUAAACAUCUUUAAUUCACUUACAGUUUGAGUUCAAAGUUAUACAGGUUUAGUUUGCAAAGCAAAUCCAUAUCCAGUCUACAGUUAAGCUAUGGUUAAUACUCUAAAAUUGUUGCAUUAAUAGUCUGUGUGAGAUAUGCAACACUUUGUCUUAGCAAUUGAGGCAUUUGUUCACACAAUCAUCUAGUUUAGAAUUCAAGUUUGGAUUACACCUGGCAGAGGUUUGGUAUUCAAAACCAUGUAGUGACUGUUGCAGUGACUGUCAGCAACAAGUGUUCUACAUAUCAACAAGUCUGAGGUAAAGUGGGUCUUCUCUGGAUAUGUGAAUCCAAUGGGACAUUUUCAUGAGAAGGAAAACCAUUUGUGGUCAGAAUUUCUCUCUCUAAAGAGUUGUUAACGUUAAUGCUAUGGUCCAGUUGUUGAAAAUCCAUGGUUUCUUUUUAACUUGAAAUUUCAAGAACAUUUCUCAAGUCAGUUUAUUCUUUUGAGUCACUCACUAUAAGUAAGUGACUGUAUAGUAAGUUUAUAGCUCAAAUAGUUCUGUCUAGAUUUAUUUAUUUUCAGAAUUAUUAUUUUGAUAAAGCAUUUUCCCCAAGACUGCAUGAUCAUUUAUAUUUCAUUCAAGGUGAAAUAAUUUAAAUGUUUAGCUGUCACAUGUGAAACUGUAGAAGUUUCAUGAACUUCCUUUAUUCCUGAAGAGAAAAACAAUAGUAUAAAAUGCUACAUAUCACAAAAUGCGAUAUAUCCUUUCACUCAUUUAGAAAUUACACAAUAUGUAGUAGAGGUUAUAGGUAAUACUCUUAUGUUGCUGAAAUCAAUUUUUUAGAAAAAUUAUAUAGCUCAACUAAGCUCUGAAAAGUAGAUAAGUGAAAAACAAAUGAAAAGUGGUCUUAUUUAAACAUUCUUUCAUUACUGAUACAUGAUGUAUAUGAUUAGCUUGAAGUUUUAUCAUUCUCUUGGCUAAUUUUUUGAGUUGUAAGAUUGAGUGCUGGUCACUGAAGUAUUUAUCUUGCUGAAGGUAAACUUUUCAUGUAAAAGGUGAAGAAAUUGUGACGCUAAAAACUUCAUACUAUUUGUAUAGGUAGACUUGUCUGCCUAAAAGGUCAAAGAUGUGCUUCACACAAAACAUUUUUACUUUUAAAUCUGUUUCAGAAAUUAAAGGUAAAGAAUGCAUAUUGCUUAAAACAUUUCUGUAGGUAAAGUACUUUAAAAGAACGUAGAUAAAACCUACCUCAUUACUUAGUGUUUGGUGUGGACAUGCUAAAACUUACGAAUUACAUUUUAGUGACUUCAUUUCUUAUUAAAAUAAUUGUUAUUUAUUUUCCUUGGUUGCAGUAAGUGCAUUAGAUUAGUCAACCAUUGAUACCAGUAUAUUUUGUUUAUGUACAGUAUAAAUUUGCAUUUUUAUGCAAAUUGAAUUAUGAGUUAACUUUAUCACUUUACAAAUGGAAAAGUUACUAUGUGGAGAGCUGUCAUGUCAUUGUCUCAGUCAUGAUGAAAAAAAAAUAAAUGUAUUUCUGUUAGGCCUAGCAUAGAUAAUUUUUCUUUUCAUCUUGUAAUGAGAAGGGACAUUUAAUGCCGAUGUUGGUCUGUGUAACAAGUAAAGCGAGAAAAUAUGUUGCACUUUUAAUCAUGUGAAGUUGUGACAACAUUGCACAUACUGUAGCUAAAAAUAUCUCUCCUGUUUGUAGGUUUCACUAUAUUUCCAUUAUCUGCAUGCACACACAUUCUUGACAUUUGCUUUCAGUUCACAGAAGAAAAUAAAGUAAAAAAAAAUAUAGCUCCCAAUGAGGAAAAAAUUAUGAUGUAUUCACUAAUGAAAUCUAAAAUCUGAACUGGCUAUGCAAAGAAAAUUUGAAGGACAACAAACAAAAUCAAGAAAUUCAUAAGUGGGUUCCCAGAUAUUAAACAGAAUUAAUUCAGAAAUGACUGUGAGAUAAAGUACACCACAGUGCUUUUUGUGUUGUGCAUUUUAUGUGAUGAAUAGUCAGUGUGUAUAAUAGAGAAGAAUUCUAACUGUCAUAAAUGUGAACUAUCAUGUCAUGUACUUUAUGUAAGAAGUUGUAAAGUAAAUCCUAUUUAUGAAUUAUGUGCAUGAGUGACUUGAACAGAAAGUGAGUGGUGAAAAUGUUGCACUUAACGAGGAACCAUGAAUGGACAUUAUAUUCCAUAAGAGUGAGUCUUCUGUAAAUAUGUCAAUGAUUUUGUGUUAGUAUGAAGUAGCUCUUAAGUAUUUAUUUCAUUAUGUGAUUUUUAUCCAUGUAAUUUUCAUUUACAUACAGAAAUUCAUUUUAAUUUUUUUUGCACUGUAUCAGCUAUACAUUUUGUGUAAAUAUUCACAUAUAUACAUAUAUAGAUCAUUGUGUGUUAUAGGUUCUAUUGUAAACUGAAAGGGGUUGUUUGAAAUUAAUUACAUUUCACGGGGCAUAUUAUACUUACAGUAUUGUACUUAUAAGCUGUAAUACUGUCAGAUUUUCUCAUAUGCAAGAAUAUAUUUGUUCUUGUUUAAAGAUGGUUUCCAAGGCAAUGUCACUGUUAUUAUUAUUAUUAUUAUUAUUAUUAUUAUUAUUAUUAUUAUAUUAUUAUUAUUAUAAGCAAUAAAAAAAACCAAUCACGGCAUAUGACUGAGUCAUACUUUAAAUGCACUGUAAACCGAUUUCACAAUUUAAUGUUUGCUGUCAAGGGCAUUAAAUAAUACUGAUAUAUUCCUCGUAUUUAUAAGCAUGAAAUACUAAUCAACAAAUAAUUACCAAUCGUUUCUAAUAACUGGAUUUUUUCGUGGAAUAAGAGUAUCAAAGUAAAUAUGUCAUUUGGUCAUUGCCAUUAAUGAUUUUUUUUAUAUGAAGUAGCCAGAAUAGAAUGUAUCAUUAUUAUGUGUUUUUUCACUGAGGGACCAUAUUUUAGACAUUCAUUCCACAAACACUGUGGAAUCUUCCACACAUUAUUAGUUAAUGAUUUAUUAAAGAAUAAUUUAUAUUCUUAGAAUUAUAUAAAUAUUAAGAAAUUAUUUUCUUCCUAGUGUAUUAUUUAUCUCUUUAUUUAAACUUCUAGCAGAAGCUUCAACAAAUGUCUGCACAAUUUUCUGAAUUAUAACACUUAAUUUACUUAUGUAUUAAACAGAUGACUUAUAAAUUUACAUGUAAAUGCUACAAAAACAAUAUACGUAGUAGAAUUGAUUUUAAAAAGUAGUCACAAACAAUUUUGUCUGUGAUAUGUUUGGUAUUAUUAUGUUCUAUUUCUAUGCUUAUCCUGAGUGUAUUGCAUAUAAACAUUACCAGAGUAACAGCAGUAAAUAAUGCUUCAUGUUAUUAAUUUCCCACAAAUAAUGUCAUUCAGCCUUUGUUCAUGAUAUGUAACAUGAACUGUGUACAGUAUACCCACUUUGAAGCUACAUUUUGUUGUGUCUUAAUCAGCUUAAUCUUAUAUUUUGGAUCUGAAUGAAGAUUAUUAUUAAAAAGUUUAAAUGACAAGCAAUAUUAUUAUUAUUAUUAUUAUUAUUAUUAUUAUUAUUAUUAUUAUUAUUAUUAUUAUUAUUAUUAUUAUUAGCUUUGUUUAUUGAAUAGUUUUUGUAAUUUAUCCAUUCAUAAAAAGAAAAAAAAAUAGAAAAGUACAAGUAUGACCAAGAUGGAUUGAAGCUCAGGCAGUAAAUAAGUAAUGAAUAUUUUAUAAAACAUUAAAUUAAUGAUGGCCCUCAUUACCCAUACAUAUACAGUACAGGUUAUUUAAGUAGUAAAUUGUACUGCAGUUCUUCAGUGCAAGGUAGUAUGUAUGUACCACAAAAAGAUAAGUAAAAGUAUCACAGUGGAUUUCAUUACAAGAACACAUGGUUUCAGAAAACCUGUGCAUUAAAUUUCCUUUUUGAAAGGACUAUUUUAUGAUUCUAAAAUAGAUUUCCUACUUAUAAAUCAUAUGUCAGUCGAUAUUACACAGUACCUGUACUGUACUUUUUUAAAAUUCUUUAUUCAGUGUAUUGGACACAUGUCUUAAAUCUUUGUUUGUAUCAUGUCAAUUAUUUGAGUGAAAUGGAAAUGAUGUCUUGCAGUUUUCCCAUUUGGAGUUUUAAAAAGAGUUUCAACAGAACUAAGAAUUAUUACCAGAUAGCACAAGGCAAUUUAAGAGGUAAAGAAACAUCAACUAAAUGAUGCACUCUGUAAACUUUUAUACUAUCAACGAAUGUUUUAACUCAUCUGUAGGAACACAAAAGUGAAAUUAUUUUAAAUCAUCCCUGUGAUAGCCUAAGUUUGCACAACACCCGAAUGAGUUUUACCAAAGAGCCCGGAAAUUGCUAUGUCAAUUUCUCUUGUUUAUUCAGCUCAUAUUAUAUCAUGAUAGCACAUGAUUAGAAUGUACUGUCUUAUGCAUUUGCAGUUUAUUGUAUACGUAACCCAUGUGAUAAAAUCUAGGUAUAACCGACCUAUUGGUAUAUAAAUUGUUAUAUUUGUGAUUUUUCAUCUUUAAUAAAAAAAGAUUAUAGCUUUGGUUGGGCAUUUAACUGCAGCACUCUUCAGAAAAAGUAAGGGAAUGUCCCUCAGCCUCCCUUUACACUUGUCAUAUUGUUAACCCAGGCUGUAUUCAGGAAUGGUCUUACCAUGCAAAUGUAUAAAUAUGUAAUAUUUAGGUGAAAUGACAGGGUUUUAGCCACUGUUUCCCCAAAAACAUAACCUGUUUCAACCUGUGGAUGAAUACUAUAUUCUUUUAAAUGGAUCAAUGGUCUUGUUGUCUUGUUCUAUGUGAAAUACUGCAUUCCAUGAUGAAAAGAAAUACGUAAUUUUGAAUAUUUGCGUGACUAUACAAUAAUAUCUUUAUUGAUGUCUUAUUCACUUUCAGAGAGUGUUAUUAAAUAUAUUAGCAGUUGUAGAUUUUACUCUGGUGUUUUCUUUAUUAAUUGCUUCUUUGUAGGUAACUUAUGCAAUGUCUUAUCUGAAGGUCAUUAGAAAACACUUGAAUUUUGUCUGUUGAAUAUACUGCAGUUUCUUUCAAGUGUUUAGCUACAAUGCAGUGUAACACAUCAAAGUAGUAUAUAUAGGCCUAUAGUUGGUGUGUUGAUUGUCUCUUAAAUUUUGAUGGUUAUUAGGUUGUACUAUUGACUCUAGCUACUGAGUCUGCCUCAUGUUAACAGUGAUUAUAUGUGGAUUCAUCCUGAAGGUGGCAGGAGAGGUUUUUGGAGGGACAUACUGUGUUCAUAUACUUGUAGUUUUCACAGCAUCCAUUAAUAGGGCAUUUCAGCAGGUAGUCGCAUUCCAUCUUCUUAGGUCAUCUGCAGGAUCCUCAUUUCUGCAACCUUUUUUGCAGCUGCUAUCUUUCAGGGUUCAUGACCUUACAGAGGAAAUACAUUGAUGAUGAAUGUUGAAAAGGAAGUUGAAUUUCUCUUUUAUUGCGUAUGUAGAGACAAAAAAUUGAUGAAUGCUAGGUGUGUGCUGAGCCCCAGAGCUAGGCAAGCUACCUGACAUCCAUGGUCACUGUGCCAACUGGCUAGGCCAGCACUAAUGGAGAUAUUACCAACUUUUCCCUUUGAAUAUCAUCUAGACUGAGCAUGAUUGAGGCUGACUUAAUAGGAUGCCUUCAUGCCCUAUCAAAAUUCAGAACAGCAAGCAAUGCACUGACUGUGGUCAUAAUACAUUCUCAAAUUUUGAGUGCCCCUCCCUUCUUUUGUUGCCCCUCAUUGAAAUGUUACAUUAAAAGAAUAAUUAGUGAGCAAUAUUCCAUAGUUCCCUUAUGCCCUAUAGACAGAUGCUACGCUCUACUUGCAGAUGGCAAGCAAUUAAUAAGGGAAAUACAGCUCUUAACAUCUGUUAUUAUUAGUUUUUAUUAUUAUUAUUUAUUGACUGAGCUCGGAUUCCUUAUUGUUCUGCUGUUACUUUCAAUAGUAUCAUAAUUAUAGCAAUAUCAUAUUGAAAUUUUUCAAGGCUAUGCCCCACUUUUUUCCCUCUCAUCUGUUUCAACAGCCAUGGACUUUUAGGUGUAAUGGGUUACCAUCCCAUCAGCCUUUGCAUGAAAAUAAAAGCUUAACUACAAAUAGUUAAGGAAGGUGAGAAGACAAAUUCAUAGUAGUUGACUUGCAAUUUUUCCACACAAAAUCUUUUAACCAGAAACAAUGUUACUUAUCAUCAUAAUAAAAGCAAGUUCCAUAAUAUUUCUCUUCCUGCCUUGUUUCAUAUAUUGUAAAAAUAUCUAGUCCUCGUAACUUGCAUUUUAUAAACUUAAAAAAGAAGUGUGUGAAUGUUACACCACAGAAAAAUUCCGUUCUAGGGAUGUACACUUUAUUGUGAGUGAAGACCAGUGAAUGGUGUAGAAUAGAAUUCUCUC